AUGGGGCUGUCGCACAAGCACAACCGCCCGACCCUUCAAACCGGCAUCAACGAGCGGGUUGUUGAUCCCGAACCAACAACUUUUCAUAUAAUAACCAUUGUAUUCUCAGAGGUUCCUUCUCCUACUUCACUCUCUUCCACUACAUCCACUUUCGUCGACGUCGCUCCGGUGACAUCGCCUCCCUCUCCUGCUCUUUUUACAUACUCUUCUACUUCAUCCACUCCCGUCGGAAUUGCUCCGGUGACACCGAGCGAGGACUUCACCUUCGGUCCAGCGGCAUCCGCCACUACCGAUGCCGCAGCCUCUGCGCACGAUUCGUCUGCUGCAACAGCAACAGCGCCUAUGAGCACAACGACUCAGAGUUUUGCAGUGCCCAGUGCACCCUUUAUGCCCACAAUCAUACCCUUGGCAACCAGCACUGGCAGCGCGAGCAAGGAGCAGACCAUCGGGGAAGGUCGAAUCCUAGGCGGUGUUGCCGGCGGACUCAUCAUCAUGCUCGUGGUGUUCGUCAUAUUUCUCAAAAUGUACUACCAGCGCAGGACGCGGAAACUCUUCGAGAAACCCCCAGGCUGCACAGAGGACGGGUCUGAUACUGUAUCUCCAUACCCUCUACCCCUUCCGGCGACCAGCGGCCAUAUCAACAGAACCUCUCGAAAGUUGAGGGCAUUCGCCACGCCAAUUAGGUCGCUCACCAGGGGAUAUUCUGCCAUGCAAACGUCGCCCUUCAAGAUGCCCUCUGCCGAGAAGAUCCGAGAGACAGAUAACCCGGAGCCGUUGGUCGUUUUCAAUCCAACUGCCGAGAAGAUCCGAGAGACGGAGAACCCGGAGCCGCUCGUGGUGUCAAAUCCAGCUGCUAUAACACAACGAUCGUCGCUGUCGCAGCCGGACGGCGGCACGCAAAACCCCGCUCAGUAA